AUGAAAGGUAGACUAGAUAGAUUCCCGCCUUUGCCACCUGAAAAAAUUCCUCCUGGGGUGGCCCUCCAGGGUGAAGUAAUUAUAUUUGGAGAACCUCCUCCUGAGGAGGGUGAGGAAAUACCAGGUUCCGAAACAUUUCUUCCGCUUCCCAUUGGUACUGUCCAUAAAAGAAAGAGGAGUCUGUCAAUGUUGCUUGAGUUUGCGGCACUUGUUGUUCUUACCUAUUCCACAUUUGGGCAAGGAUCUCCAUCGGCUGUACCGCCACCGCCGCCGCCGCCAACGAUGCUAGAUGGACCAUUCGGACCCGGAAUGGGGCCAGCAAUGUUUCCGGGAGGAAGGUAUGAAGAAGUGGAGCGACGCACACGUUGGCAUAUAAUGCCACAUGGACCGCCAAUGCCACCAGGAGGAUUACUUGGACCGCCGCUGCCACUACCGGGAUUGCCUAGACCUCCAUGGUACUGGUGA